AUGACUGUUUGGAUCAUAUCAGGCAAAAAGUCAGGCCUUAAACCUCAAAAGGCUUGCAAUAACAUUAUAACAAUUGAAGAAUGUGUGGGACCAUCAGUCGCAUGUCAUUCAUACAGAAUAUUUGCGCCAUGGGGAUCAGCAUCAUAUUCAGUGCAGAUUUCGUUGAUGUCAUCAUUUGAUUUUUAA